UUUUGCUGUUAGUUAGAUGUGAAUAACCAAAAAUUCACAAAUCACGAAGUUGUCCUUCCACAGUCAGUGGAGUCCGCUGAAUCAGUGGAUUGGACCGAAACAACCGUUUACAAGAAGACUAAUAUCCACUGAUAUUACUAUUCCACAAAUAAUUUCUAUGAGAUGGAUGAUGAACGUAAAAUAUCAUUGAAAACCGAAGAAAUCGAAGGACUUGAUGAGUUAGACCAAGUCUUUGAGUCAACGUCAUCAAAACACAAUCAAACUCAACAGCUACGAGUAUGGGAAGGACACAAAUUAUGCGUGGAUCCGAAAAAUGCAGAAUCUUAUGAAAAAGAAAAAUUUCAAGUCAUCUUUACAGUAAACAAUUUUAUAACGAAAUUGUACAUUGAUAGUCAGCACUUAAAAACCAACGAAAAUUUAUCAAACAAUCGGUUCCAAGAAAUUGAAGAACGCCUCUUGGACCAGUUAUUAGUUGGUCACGAUUUACUAACAAGACUAAGGAACUUACUCACUAUGGAAAAAACUGAUGCAGUAAUGGAUCAUUCGUUGAACAGAACUCGAUUUUUUAAAAUGGACGAUGACACUAGAUUUCAAGAAGAAAGGAAAGACCUAGAGCGAAAAAGAGCAAUGGAGGAAAAAAAGGUUAAAGUUAAAUGGUUGAAUGACAUCAUUGAGUCCAUGACGGCGAGGUACAAUAAUGUGGUAGAUUUAAUGAAUGCUUCUAUUGAUUACAAGUUUUUGGACGAGUUUAAAGUAAAAACAGUGAAGUUGGGAUUGAAGAAAAGCGCCUAUAGAAAAACAAAAGAUGUUAAGGACAAAAACGACGAUAACAUAGAAACUGCUUUGAUUAUAAAAUCACCAAUUGAAAUUUUAAACUCAAAAAUUAUUGACUCAGAAGUCAAAGCUACAUAUCGUAUCAUAGGAACAGACGUGACAAGCUACAAAACAGUUUACUGCUAUUCGUGUACCUUGUACGGUUUAUACGCCGAAGGUAAAGGUUCUAAAAAAGAAAAAGCCAAGGAAGACGCAGCAAUAGAAAUGAUAAAAGUCAUACUCAACGAACAAAAUGAUAACACGUUAUCUAACAGAUUGGAAGCUUUUAAUGAACAAGAAAUCAAUGAACUACAAAAUAUUUUAAAAACCAAACAGAACUACGCUGAGUUUUUAGAAGAAGUGAUUCAAGAUGAAAUUUACUAAAAAUAAAAUAAAAAAUUGUAUACUUCUGAUACAACAUUCACUACCUAGAAUAAUUACAACGAUUCCUCGAAAAACCUUAGAAAUAAAUCUCUAUUCACAUUUGCACUUUAUCACCUUAAUAUAUAGAUCAGGUUUGGUCCCCUUCCCCAAUAUGGAACAUGUAAAUUUAUAUAUUUAAAACAACUUUAACUAUAAUACAUAAAACAAAAAAAAAAUUUCUCAAUAAGUGUUAUAAAAUCCUCUGAGCUCUUAUUGAUACCCUACAAAUCAAAUAUAAUAAUAAAUUUGAAUCUAACUAAACCUUGUUUGAUUAUAUAUUAGCUAAAUUACAAAAUGUAUAAAUACAUACGAGUUAUACUAUUGUUAAAAUUUUUUCUUCGACCAACAAAAAAGUAGAAUACACUUUUUCUUAAGUACGCCUUAUUUUUAGUUAUAUGAGUUUGUACCAUAACACAUUUAUUUGUAAUUAUUACUUAAUUCUAUUUAAAGCAAUGUAAGGAUAUAAAUUACUUUUUUUAAAUCAUUUAAGAAGUAUACCACUCAAAUUUUAUAGAUAAAGAUAUACCUUUCACGAUACGCACAUAUCAUUUCAUAUAGAAAAAAUAACACUGUUCACAUAAAUAGGAUUUUAUUUUGGUUUUGUGCGCAUGAUUAAUUUAGGAAAAUUUUUUUUUUAUUAAUUUAAUACUUAAAUUGACAAAUUUGACGAAAAUUAAAUAUCUCUAAAAAAAAGUGCUUUUGGAACAAUAACAUUGUUUUAUAUACAUUUGUGCAUUGUGCAAAAGUAAUUAUUAUUAUUUUUUUUUUUUUGACAAUGGCUUAACUAUUAAACAAAUUGAAAUAUCUUGAUUUCUCUGAGAUUUAAAUAAUGAACUAAUAGUUUUUUAACUAAAAUGACUUCUUGCUCGAUAGCGCCCAUAUCUUGUCAUUAAUUUAACUAAAGUUCUCUAGAAGCAUUUUUUUUUUUUUUCAUGAUCGCUAAUUCAUUUUAAGAAACUAUUUUCUUAAUGAUGUUUCAAAUAAAUUAAAUCCGACUAUGUUUUCGCAAAACAAUGCCUACUUUUUAGAUUUUAUAGUUAUACAUUUAUUAGUUUUAAUUGUAUUUUUCUUAAUUGUCUUUUGUUGAAUUUCUAUUUAAAAGUGUAAAGCUAUUUUUAAUGUAGAUAAUUAUCAAAUUAUUAGCAUACUA